UGUUGGAACUUGUUUUGUUUAUGAAUAAUAUUUAUUUUUUUUGUCCCUUCUACACUUACUUCAAAGGAAGAAAGAUUCCCGGCUCCGCCCCGGUCAUCUUCUUCAGUUCUUCAUCAAUAACAAAACAAAUCUAAUCCAUUUUUUAAUCCACACAAUAAAUAAAAUAAUCAAACAAAAACACAAAAAAACACACCAUCUAGAUCUCGAAUACUUCAGAACCUUCCUCUCUCUAAAACCCCACAAAACUUGCAGCUUUUCCGGUCACCGGAAAAAUCAUAAAUUCUCCACCAAAACAAAACAAUAACACAUUAAACAAACACCAAUGAAACCAUAUUUACUCACCUUCUUAUUCACCCUACCGUUGUUCACCUCCGUCACAACCACCACCCACCGGAGAAUCCUCCACCAGCCACUUUUUCCGGCGAACUCAGCACCACCACCAUCACCACCGGCAUCAUCUUCCGACAACCCCUUUUUCAACGAUCACACCCCAGACCCACUGCCGCAAUCACCGCCGUCAUCGCCGCCACCGCCUCCGCCAGACACGCCGGUGGAAGAAGCGGCGGCUCACCGGAAUGCUCCGCCGCCGGGGAGAAACUCCGGCGAGAAAAUAAAAAUAGUGGUUUUGGUUGGGGUUGUGAGUGUAGUAAUGUUGUGGGGAUUUGUUUUUUUUAUUUAUAAAUAUAAGUUGAAGAAAGAUGAUGAUCCGACGACGUUUCGUUACGUCGGACCUGCUGAGUCACCAAUAACGGCAACGGAAUUAGCUAACGGAAGUUCAAAUGGAUCACCUUAUUAUAGACUCAACGGAGUUAAGGUAGCCGAUAGGUAUAGGCCGAGCCCUGAGUUGCAGCCGCUUCCGCCAUUGAGUAAGCUUAAGCCGGCUAAGCCGGUUAAGCCACCGGCGGCGGCUAUGGCUUGUUCCGAUGAUGAAGAGAUUCAUGAUUUUUAUACUCCAAAUGGAUCAAUUGUGAGUACAGAUGGUGGGUUUUCUGUUAAGAGUUUGAAUUUGAAACCGGUUUAUUAUUCGAAAAGAAGUUCACCUAGAUCAAGAUUUUCGGUUUCUUCUUCGCCGGAAACAAUGUCGGAAAACUCUCGUCCGGCCAAUUCUCCGGCCAAACAACCGCCGCCGAUAACGCCACCGGAAAAGCCACAUUUUCUGAUCAAGACCGCCUUAACAUCAUCUUCUAAACAACAAUUGCGAAAAUCGGACUCAACGAGUCCGGCUGCUAAAUUAAUUCCCAAAAUCAUAAUGUCGAAGGAGGAUGAACCGGGGUUGAAGUCGGACAAACUCGGGGUGAAAUCCGACGGAUCGAUAAGCUCUUUUAGUGGUUCAUCAAAGAAAGAAGAAACACAAGAAUCGGCCCCGGAAAACAGAGUCUUGGAUCCAAAGAAGUCGCAUAACAUAGCCAUACUUUUAAAUGCAUUACAUGUAACACAAGAGGAAGUAUAUGAAGCACUUGUAGAAGGCAAUGCAGACGGUUUGGGUGCCGAAAUGUUGGAAACACUCUUAAAAGUGGCUCCAACGAAAGAAGAAGAGAUCAAACUUAAAGAUUACGAUAUAUCGAAAUUAGAGUCUGCAGAGAGAUUCUUGAAGGCGGUUCUUGAUAUCCCUUUUGCAUUUAAAAGAGUUGAGGCCUUGCUUUACCGGGAGAACUUUGAGAAUGAAGUGAAAUACUUGAGGUCUUCUUUUCGGACAUUAGAGGCAGCAAGUGAAGAACUAAAGAACAGUCGGUUAUUCCUUAAACUCCUUGAAGCUGUUUUACAAACAGGAAACCGUAUGAAUGUUGGCACGAAUCAUGGUGAAGCUACCGCUUUCAAACUAGACACCCUUUUAAAACUAGUAGAUAUAAAGGGAACCGAUGGAAAAACGACCUUACUUCACUAUGUGGUGCAAGAAAUCAUCAGAUCAGACGGUGUAGAAUCUAAUACCAAGACCGAAACAAAUCCCGCUUUCAGUGAAGGGAUUUUCAAGAAACAAGGAUUACAAAUUUCCGACGCGUUAAACCAAGAACUAAGUCAUGUCAAGAAAGCAGCAGGAAUGGAUUCACAUGUUCUUAGUGGUUAUGUAACAAAACUUGAACUUGAGUUGCAGAAAAUUCAAUCAGAAUGUGACGAAAUGCAAGAUUUUCAAGGGAACUUUUACGGGUCGAUGAGAAUGUUUGUUACAAAAGCCGAAACAGAGCUUAGAACGAUCAAGAUUGAUGAAAAGAAGGCGUUGGAAUCGGUUAAAGAUGUAACAGAGCACUUUGAUGGUGAUAGUGUGAAAGAGGGAGUGUACCCUUUGAGAAUCUUUAUGAUUGUAAGAGAUUUUAUUGGCAUAUUGAAUGAUGCAUGCAACAUCUUUUAGGGUUCCUAUCAGUUAUUGCUAUACAUAACCCGAUUCGAGGUUCGUA